GUUUGCUUGACGGACCGCCGCGAUCUGUGACUGCGGGCGCUGAAAUGCUAAACCUUUCCUGGAAUCGGAUUCCCGGGAACCUCCAGCUGAACCGACUCUGCAGCAGCACUUUCCACAGAGCUCACUCUGCAGCUGUGCUCUCAUUUAAGCAGAGGAGCUUCUCCUGUCCAGACUUCUGGAACCACUAAGACGUUUAUUCACUGGAUUUAGGUUAUUUUUUAGUGGUGGAAAUUAUUUUCUUUCGCCUUGAUUUCAGUGUCAGGCCGCAAUGGUUGCCCGUGCAGCGACCAUCUUGCAUCACGAGGAGCCGCAAAGUUCCUGCUACUCACAACCCUUACCUCCAGCCUGGCACCCAGCACAGGACCUCCAAUGCAUCACCACCAAUUUCCAGUAUCUGCAGACCACAGGUUGGUACUGGGGUUCUAUCUCAGCGAGCCAAGCUCGGGAAGUUCUCCAGUCCAAGUCUGAAGGGACAUUCCUGGUGCGGGACAGCAGCCACCCUCAGUACAUGCUGGCCCUUUCAGUAAAGACCCGCUGUGGGCCCACCAGCGUGCGCAUCGAGUACAACAGAGGCAGCUUCUGGCUGGACUCCACGUCGCCUCAGUUGCCUCACCUACAAGCGUUCCCAGACGUUCCGAGCCUCGUCCAGCACUACACCGCCUCAGGCCAGACGGCGCAGGACCUGGAGUCCGUCCGGCCCCAAACCAAGCCGGACCCAGUGCAGCGCGCGGCUAAAGACAGCGGCGUUCCUCUUAAGCUCCUGCGUCCGUUGCACAACGUGCAGCAGGGUUUUCCUUCUCUGCAGCACCUGGCACGCCUCGCCAUCAACAAACACACAAACUGCACCGACCAGCUGCCCCUCCCAAAGCCGCUGCUGCGCUUCCUGCAGAACUACCCUUUCUUCAUAUGAGCCCGGUGGACGCAGAGGGACAAAGAUACAGGAACAUGGUUGGGAUUCCUGUCCAUGACUAUGGAUGUGGAGCUGUGUUAGAUCCUGCAUCAGAUUCACUGGAGCACAGGGAGAGAAGACAGAGAUGGCCCAAGUACAAGAAACCUCAACGUUACUUCACAUAAAUGAGUAGGGCUAACUCCAGAACAGCAGCUUUUCCUAAAACCGAUUUCUAUGUUUACCUUAGCGACUGUGAAAUCUGCAGUGAUUGCCAACAUGUUUUAUUCUGAGCUGCAAAAGAAAACCUGUGGAUUUUAGAUGGUUGGCAAUGAGGCAGAGAUAACUUUACAGAAUAAACCAAAUUAUCUGAG